AUGUCGUCCAUCUCCAACCGCAGCCCCACCCUCCUCUUUUCCUAUCCAUCCACCCGCCUCGUAAAGACCGUCGCACCCCUGCCGCCGCCCAAGCGCAUCAACGGCGCCGUCCCAGCCGACUCGAUCGGCGCAGGCACCCUCGCUCCCACCCACGCAGUCCUCGCUGACUGCAACGGCCCCCUCCAGAUCACCGUCGUCCCCGACCCCUUCAACGAAAGUAUCUCCACCCUCGUCCUCUCGGUCGGCUUCGACGAGCAACAGUGGGGUGCGGCCAGGCGCUUUGUCCUCCCCUUUCGCUCUUUUGAGCUCGGGCAAGACGGCGCACCCCUCUCGCGUCCCAACGUCGCCGGCUUCGACUCGGCCGCACGCCCCAUCUACCAAGGCCUCGGCGCCGGCCUCCACGGCCAGCACGGCGGCAGCUUCUGGUUCUUUGAAGAUAUCGGCGAGGAGGGCGCACUCGACCGGCAGCGCUGGGAGGAAAACAAGGUCGGAAGGCGUGCAAUCUGGACCGUCUGGCUCCUCGGCGCCCCCGCUCCCGUCGUCGACUAUGCCCGCGACCUCCUCCUCCACCAUCCGAAGCCCGUCCCUCCGCUCCCUCCCUUCCUCCGCGACCCUGCCGCCAUGCCGUGGAGGGACAACUACGCAACAUUGCCGCUCGCCAACUCGGAAGCUGCUACCUUCGACAUCGCCCAGCAGCCGCAACAGCAUCAGCCCGACGGCAAUCUCGAGCAGUCGCCCACCGCUGCGGCCGACGUCGACGUCGACGUGGAUGUCAAGCUGGCAGGCCCGCGACCCUUGCCCCCCGUGCCAAAGAAGCCCGAGGUGCUUCGCAGCGUCUCUUUUCCCCGCCGACAGCCGCGGUCCGAUGGCAGCGCGGGCACCGUUGACGCCGACGCCGCCGCUUACACACCCGUGUCGCCGGCAACAGAGGAGGCACCGAUGCUGCACCCUGUGGCGGAAGCUGCGUCGGCAACUCCGCAGGUGGACCAGCCCGAAGACCCGCGUCCGCAGCCUCUCCGCGCCAUCUCCCAGGAGUCGCCGCUCCCUCAUGGCCACCUCACGCCCAACGGCCAGCUCGACCGCUACGACCGCAUCCGCGCCGAGACCGAUGAGCUCAACGCCGCCGUCGGCGAGGCACCUGCCCUGCAGCUGCCCGAGCCUUCAACAGCACCGGCAGAGGCCCAAACCCGUUCUGAGCCUCAGCUCGAUGCAGCGGCCGCGACCCAAGACCAGUCUACCGCACAGCCGGUACCGGGCACCACGCUGCGCAACCUCUCCCGCCAUCUGCCGUCCCGCGCGCCCGACUACCGUCACAGCCUGAUCGCCGUCGACAACGAGACUGGCCAGAUCGUCGGCGUGCUGGCGUCCGACGUACGCCUCGAUCAGCAGUCGGCCACGCCGCCCCUCUCGCCUACCAGGAGCGACGAUGCGGCACAAGAGAAGAAGGACGACGAGCGGGACGAGCUGGACGAGCUGGUCACGCCGGUCGAUGAGGUCGACCUCGGUGGCGGUCUACGCGAGGAUCUGCUAGACCAGGGCCUACAGCAGAAACAGGAGGCGGAGGAGGACUCCCGCUCCGAGUCGGACCAGGCGACUCCCAAGCCUUCCGCCUUCAUUCAUCGGCCCACAUCCCUCUACCGCGAUCCCGACCACGGGCGCCAGCCGUCGCGCUCCGAGAGUCUGUUGGGCGACGACACCUUCGCACCACCUCCGCCGCCGCCGAAGGCCGGAGGAAAGCCCGGCGACGCCUCGCCAUCAGCCAGGACCAGCGUAGCGUCUGCCGCCUUCUUCAGCGCCAACGAGGGUCUCGAAGACGACGGUGACGACGACGACGAGGCGCGCGCGAGGCGAGCAAUGAUGGCCAACUUUGUGUCGAUCGGCGGCGGCGGGGACGCUCACCGCAUCGAGUCGCAUCGGCCCGACCUGCUUCGGGAUCUGAUUCGCCGCAAUGCCCACGGUGAAGGCGACGACGACGACGAUGCUCGCAGCGACGUCAGCGGAACCACAGUGGGCGGCCCAGCCUUCAAGAUGUGGCGCAAGGUGCGCGGCAAGCCGCCGAAGAAGAAGAAGCAUCCGCAGCCGGCCGUCGACGCGCCUGCUGGCCCCACCACCGCCAGGCCGCCUCGCGUCGGCUCAGAGGCCAGCGUCAGGACCUCGCGAGCCGAGACGGCCGCCGAAAGCAUGAGCGACGACGAGGACGACGAAGACGACGAGGAAGAGACGGCAUCGCGAGGCGCGGAGCAGGACACGGAAGAGGACGACGACGCCGCCGCCCGUGACGCAGAGACGGAAGGAGAAGACGGAAAAGGCGGAGAAGAGGACAGCAAGCGGGCUGACAGCGACGGAGCGGCGGCAGCAGGCGACGCGGCGGUCGAGGAGGCGCGGAGGCUGGGCCACUGCUCGCGCGCCCAGCUGCGCACGGAAGACGUGCGGACCAUCGAGGACCGGGUGUGGCGCGAGGCGCUCGAGUCGGGCGACCUGCCGCUCGACGCUCCCUACACGCACCUCGCAGCUCGGGGCGGCGUGGGCUCCACCUUCCUGCCUUCGUUUGUCGGCAAGGGCGCCGAUCGAGCUGCGCCGCAGGAGUUCGAGCUGUGCGCACCUGGCGAGGUGCCCGUGGUGCGCCAGGGCGGCAAGCGCGCGCCGGCUCCGUACAUGCAGGGCGGCACGGUUCUCAUCGAGUUUCUGGCGGGCUCGAGCCGGAUCGGUGCCAGCCUGAUUGGCGGACCCAGGCCGCUCGCACUGCGCGGCGGUGAUGAUGCCGACGGCCCCGCUGCCGAUGGUGUUGCCUCCUCGGACAAGGGCGGUGCCAGCGCUGGCGUGCUGAGCCUGGUGCCGCUGCUGCCGCAGCACCUGCUGCGUUUCUUUGGCAUGUCGAGCGCAGUGGCGCCCUCUACUGCGGCGACGUCCAUGAGCGCCGCUGCCUCGUCGCCACCGUCUUCGCUGGCGGGCUCGAUUCCGUUCCUGUCGGACGUGGCCAGCCUCUGGACCGACGCGACGGGCUGGAUGGGCGGCCUGUUUUCCUCGUCGUCGUCGUCUGCUGCGAACUCGACGUCGAGCGCGAGUGCGGCAUCAUCGUCGUCGUCGUCGUCGAUGACCGGCGGCAACGAUGGAGGUGCGCUGCCGCAGCGUCACCCCCACUCGGAGGCCGAAGAGUGGGAGUACGCGAUCCCGGACUUUGACCCCAACAGCCUGGCCUCUACGCCUCGGCCAGUGUAUCGCCGCAAGAGGCCCGUCCCUUCGGCCACCAACGGCUUCAGCAUGCCCGGACAGCAGCAGCCGUCGUCGAGCACGUCGACGUCGAAGCGGGUGGAGCCGAUGUCGUCAGUGACGGGUGGCAGCGGGCGCUACUCGAUCCUGCACAUUGACGGCUAUGGCGUGGGGCGGCAGGCGUUCCUGCGUGGCAUGCCGCAGCGUUGA